AUAUUUAUAUUGGUGGAGGUGAACGCGGCCGGAUCAGCUGAGAGAGAGAGACGAGGAAGCCUUGCCAGGGAGGAGAGAAACUGCUACAGGGAGAAGAUAAACAGCAUUUUCCCGUCCCUUCGAGCUCACCCUGCGCCUCUCACCCAUCCCACAGACCACCCAUAGCCGCCCACCAUGUCCGCCGGGUGUUGCGGGACCAAGAAGACCAAGCUAAAUGGUGGCCCCCAGAUGGCAAGGGAGAACCAGUCGGGAAUUGAACAACAGCCUCUUCGUACAUCAAUCAGGCACUGUUCCCACUCCAACUCGACCAAGGGACAAAAAUGCGGGUAUCCAUAUGGACAUUUGAACUCCUCAUCUGCCCGCAAUCGUUCCUACAGCACCAAGGUGUGCUGCUACAAUGGCACCACACCCACCACCAACGGCACGCUCCGGAAUGGCCUUAUCCCCAUUGCAAGUGCUGAGAUGUGCUUCUAUUGUUUUGACGUCCUGUACAGCCACCUCCACAACAUGGAGACCCCCAGCACCCCAGACUUCACCAAUGAGCCCUUCCCCUUGUUUGUAACUUGGAAAGUCGGAAAAGACAAGCGAUUACGAGGCUGCAUGGGGACAUUUAGCCAUAUCAACCUUCAUGCUGGUCUUAGAGAAUAUGCAGCUACCAGUGCAUUUAAAGACUCACGCUUCCAGCCAAUCGGUAGAGAUGAACUGCCACGCCUCGGAGUUUCUGUAUCCAUCCUUCGUCACUUUGAGGAUGGGCGUGAUUACAGGGACUGGGACAUUGGGGUUCAUGGUAUCCGCAUUGAGUUCCUAAAUGAGCGAGGAGCUAAGAGGACAGCUACCUAUCUGCCUGAAGUUGCUCCAGAACAGGGCUGGGACCAUGAACAGACCAUUGACUCUCUGCUCAGGAAAGGAGGAUAUAAGGGACCGGUCAACACUGAGGUCAGGCGCAGCAUCAAGCUGACUCGUUAUCAGAGUGAAAAGAUAUCAGUAACUUUUCAGGAUUACAUGAGCUACUGGAGAAACCGCCGCUGCUAGCAUUUGCUGAACUCUAGGGAUGGGAGAUGCGGAAGCUUUGAGCCUGGGAGUGCCAAUGAGGGGAGCCGAGGCAGUGUCCUCUCACGAGGCCCUGAACUCACUGGUGUACCUGAGCCGAACCAUCACCUCAGCCACCAGUACCCACAGCCCCCAUAUCAUUACCAUCAGAACAACCACAUAAUGACACAACAUAACAAUAGUCAUCCACUCCUUGCUCAUAAUCACCACAAUCAUCUUUAUUAUCACCACAACAAUCCCAGGUCUCCGUCACCUCUCCACCUCCCUCAUUAUUCAGCUAGAGGCAGUAGUAGCAGCAGUAGCAGCAGUAUCAAUAGUAGUGGUAGAGCAUCAGCCACCAUCACCACCACCACAACCAACACCAACACUCCACCACUGGGUUUUGACGCAGUGGGUAACUCAGGACUUGGUGCAUCUCUCUUGUGCGUCACCACCUCAGGGCAUAAUGAAUUUGCUCUGUGCAGCCCCCCAAACCAGGACGGAGCACUGAUGAAUCACGGGGGUUGUCCCGCCUGGUGCUCUCACCACAGGACAGCCACAGAGGGAGAGGGAUGCCUGGAUGGUCUGCGCAGAGCAUCCAACAGGCUGGCAGACUUUUUGAGGGGCCUUUUUAAUUCUUGAUGGUUGGUUUUAGUUAUUUUAGCUUAUUUGUUUAGUGUUGAGUGUCAUCUGUUUUGAGUUUGGCCCUCAAAUUAAUUUCAGUUUCAUAGUAAUUCUGUAUGGAAACCAGUUUCUAUUAGAGAUCAUGAAAGUGAAAUCAAUAGUGAAGAAACAUGUGUAUAGCUGCCCAGGAGUGUAGCAUCAUCUCAUAAAGCCUCAUCAUGAAUCAAAUACACAUGCUCAAAUUCACAAUGAGCUUGAUACUUGGAGAACUCAAGACUGUGGUGAUUUUGGCUGCAAGCUAUCCAAAGUAUUAGUUACAGUGAAUACCUGUAUGAUGUGAUACAGUGGAAGAAAGUUGAAACUAAGCCUUAGUGGGUAGUCACAUAGCAGUCAGCAAGACCCAUAAUUGUGUGUGGAGUCUGGAAUAAGUGGUCAGCUCACUCUGAUAAUAAACACAUUGCUUGAACAUCGAUAACAGUUAACUUUAGUUUUAUACAUAUACUUUCUUGAUGGUUUGUUUACAAUGUCAGUGAGCCCCGGGCUGGCCUUCCCACUCCCGUCCGUGUGUGUUGUGAUCACUGGGUAUUUUGACAACCCAACCACACCAGUCUUUCACAUUCAGCGGCUGACAAAACUCACAAGAUUGAUAAACCUCCAGUGUAACCUUACAAGAAGGUACUGUAAUUGCAAUGAACAGGCUGAAAGAUGUUCAGAAAGGAUACUUUUCUUGUGAAAAUAAUUCCAAGAAGGUAUGUACUAUAGUUUCAUAGUGGUGGUUGAACAUACAUGAAUGGUGCAACUCAGAGCUACUCGCACUGCUCGUCUCCCAAUGAGGUUUGUUUGCCGCUUAUUUUAUAUCAGACUGCCUAGUCGUGAGCACCUUUUGAUGCUCAUUUGUUACUUACUAGUGAAAGAUCUCAUGUACAGUGUUGUUGAUGAAGAAAACUUUAUUCACCACCCAUUUAUGAACCAUAAUGCAUCAAGAUAUAUCAUUCAGUCAGAAUUGCAUGCUGUCAAAUUAUGAAAAGUGGUUCACGUUAAAAAAAAACUGUGCUCCUAUUCACUACUUUCAUGCAAACACCUUUUCACAUAAACCUGACAAGAGGGUACCAAGUGCAUCUCAGUGAUAACAUGUGAUAAACUAUACCAAAGGUGGCUUGCUGCAUAGGGCAGUUGUACUGAGUGCCAAGGAAAGGAAGCAAGGAAAACAAACAGCUCCAACUUCUUAUGAAGUGAUUAUGCCUCAUCCAUUUACACAUAAACUGAAUGGACAUGCCUGUGUGCAUUUUUCAGUAGGAUGACAUAGAUUAGGAUUAACAUUCCUGAAGAAUACCCAUGACUAAUGAGGGAUUUAUUCCAGCACUUGAAGUUUGUGUAGACUGGUAAUGAGAAAGUUUUUGUGCUACGAGAACCAUCGAAUGAUAAGUGAAAACCAGUUUUGUCUGGGAAGUAUGUCACAUUUUAAUUGAUCAUUAUUUUGAGAAAAUGUAAAAUAAUUAUGUGAACCAAAAAUUCUACUUUUUUUUCAUUAAAAAUGUUUCCUGGAAGGAAAUUGCUAGAGAAAAUUGAAAGCCUACAAAAAAAUGCAAAUAUAAAAAAAAAAUUAUAUAAAAAGUUGCCUGCAUGUUUGUAUAGAGGGAUAAAGGAUUAUGAUUGUAAAAUUUAGAUUAGUAUGGGAUAUUUAGGUUUGUUUGUGUGUUCAUAUUUUGUGUAUGCUAUAAUGCAUAAUCUCACCUUGGCAUGGACCUUUGUUUUAUGGUAGAGCAGAGAGAAGACAUGCACUGCUGUAUCACAUAGUUCCUGAUGGGUAAAUCUGGUCACAAAAAACAAUGUUUGCAUUGGUGCUUGAAACUUAUUCUUUUAUAGUAAUAGUAAUAGAUUUUGUCCUAACUGAGAUAAAGUAACAAAUUUCAUAAAAACUUUGAGAAGACACCCCCCAAAAAAACACGUUCUUAUGAAAGUUAGCCUUAUCUUGAUGCCAACUGUACCUGAUUACUAUAUAAAAAGAGAGGAGCUUCUCAAUCACUAAUAUUUGCUUGCUCACUGCCAAGGCAUUAAUCGAUAUAAGUAUAUCAACAUUACUCUGAUUCAGCACGAUACCAAUAGUUGAAGUAUAGAUAUCAUCAUUUCAUUCUCAUCAACUGUUAGCCUCAAGUUUUGAAAUUUAGUUUUUUUUUUUUUUUUUUUUUUUUUUUUUUAAGUUGAUGAAGCUUUACAAGUUAGGUCAAUGCAGGAACAUAGAAAUCAAUCACAGAUGGCAUGGAACAGAUAAAGAAGAUAAAGAGAUCAGUAUUUCUUGCCAGUCUGUGCCACACAUACUAUAUUUAGUUAGUGAUGUGGACAAUAUCAUAUGUAACUAUCGCUAUUAUAGCAGAUUUAGUUUUUACAGAUUCUUAGCUUUCAUAAGAUUUCUAAGUAUUACUUUUAUGAAAUACUGGUAAUUUUGACAUGUUGAAAAAGGUGCACUUUCAUAGUGAACAGCAAAUAGUAGUGUCAGUUUUUUUCCAUUUUUGUAGAAGCUGUUUUAUUGUAUAUGACCUUACAAAGUGUAAGGUGCAAGUUGAGAGAGGGAGCCAAAACACUGCCAUUGUGUGUUUGUUUGUAUGUUGUUGAAGUUCUUAAACUAUACUCACUAGAGAAAUAGCUGAUAACUGUCAGUUGCAAGUCUCUUAAGAGUGCUGUACAUACUCAAUCCAGUGUCCAGUCCCAGCACAUAACAAGAAGAACAAGUACAUAAUUACAUGACUCGUAGAUGAUGACACUAACCAGAUGUUACUCCAGGACAGAUUCCAAUACAUAUUCAAGAAAACACAAGCAUCAGCAAAAGUUUUUGAUCAAUAAUGGCAUAGAUUUAUUUCAAGAACAGAUAAAUUAUGAAGUGGUGACCCUUGACAACUGUGUCCACACUCUUCUGUAAAUAAGACUACUAAUGGUAUUCUGUUUGUAUAACUUGUUUCACAUGGAAAGUAUAUAUUCUAGUACCUUGAUAUAAAAUCCAUGGAUCUUUUGUCUCUUAGUUUGUUAUUACAAUCAGUAUCCAUUAAAUUUUUAUUUUUUCUACAAAUUGAAGUUGAACUUAUUUUGACUGACAUAAGGAUUGUUUGUUAUUACAUAACUCCCAUCAAGAAGCCAACAAGAGUGUGUGAAAUAUAUUUUUGUCUUCAUGAGGCCCACUUAUCAACUUAGAUGUUUAUUAGAAGAAUAAGUAUGAGAUGACCACUGAUUUUGUGGCCAGGUCUACCUAUCAUUGUGGCACUGAUGUUGCACAGUGGAUUGCUGUCACAGUGUGUGAGCCUCGGAUGAAGGUAAUUGCAGUGAUGCUUCAUUACUGUCAUACAAGUGAAGCCACAAGCAGAUGUGUAUAUGUAAGCUAACUAUCCUGGAAAAAAAAAAAAAAAAAUUUAACCCAGAUUUGUGUGCAUGUUAAAUUACAAAUUAAGGCUACAGUUUAAAUUAAUGGUAAUUCAUUAACUGUAAGUUUUUGCCCUUUAAACCAACCUAAAGUUUUUGGUUUUGGAUUUUUUUGUGGUGACUUUUUUUUAUCAUUUUUAGCUAUUAGGGUUAUUUACAGUUAUUGAAAGAAUACCAUUUGGCAGAAUUUAUAGAGCUUCACAUAUUGGAAUUCAAUAUAUUAGGAUGUAGAGUUAUUAAUUAUGUACUACCUAACAUUUUUGAUAUGUGAAAUUACCCAAUAGUACUGGUUGUUUGUAACAACUGGAUAAUGCAUUUGAAAAUGUUUUAUGUAUUUGAGAGGAUUGUCAUACUUUAAGAAAUAGCUUAUGACUUUGAUAGUUGCAUUAUGGAAAGCAUAACAAAAAUUUGCAAAGACAUGUUUUUAUCCUGUAAUUUUCAUUUAUUUUUUACUGUUUUGUUCCCCUCUUCCAAAGAGGGUUCCUCCGAAAGGUUACCUUGUUCUUGGAGAGCUGUGAGGAGCAGCUCCUCAGUAGUGGUGUGGUAGCUUCUUCUGGGAUAGCUCAGGUAUCUUGAGAGAUCUCCUGAGUCAGGAUUGUUGUCUGUUGCUAAAUUCAUUUUAUGAAAAUAACAGAAGUACAGUUUUUCAUGGCAAAGCAGACUUGUAUUAUGAAUAUGUUACUUUUCUUCUUUCAUAUAGGCAUGUUUGUAUAGUUUAUCCCACUGCAUGGCAACUGAAUAUGAAUCUGUAAUACAUUGUUAGGUAUAGCAUUGGUACAAGGCAGUUCAAAAGGAAAUUAUAAUUAUGAUUAAUCUGUUUUACAUUACAUUAGGAGAAACUAAAUGGAGCACUUAUGGAAACUUCAGUAUACGUAUUUUCUUCUACCAUAAUGCUUUAUGGAGAAUUACAGAACAGCCCUUUAUAUAGCAUUUGAAUCCAUAAACUGAGACACCAUUCUCCAAUAGUCUGAUAAAUUAGCAAAAUUAGAACCCAGGUAAUCAUGUACUACAUGCAUUAUGAUAACAAAAAAUGUUUAUUAUAGUAAUGUUUAUUUUUGGGGGAAUAUAUGGUCAUAAUGAAGUACUUGUAGUUCCAGGAAGUGUGUGUGCAAGUUAUGAUAGAACAGCUGGGCCUUUCAGCACUAACAUGACUCAGUGAGUAAGGCUGCAUGUGCAUUAAGUUUGCUGUCCUGUGCUACAGGAGUCUUGAAUUCAGGUGCCUUCUGCCAGCCUGGGGACCUCUGGGCAACUCCACAAACACAACUGCCUCACAUAAUCUAAUGGAAUUUCAGAACUCAUGAAAUGUUUUGAUGUAAAAGACUGUGUCCAGUUUCUAAUUUUAAAACUUUUAGGUAUCAUUCAGGAACAGAAAACUUGUACACUAUGGAGACUUAAUCUUCCAUGGAGGAUUAUCGUUUUGUUUCUGGAGAAGUCCAUUAUUGUACUAUAGUGGAGGCUGUGAAGGAAUUGUUCAUUGUGAGUUGUACAUAGUCCUUCAAUAAGGGUAAUUUUUUCAAAUUGCAGAUAGUUAUAAUGCCUUAAAAGGACCAUCAAUGCAGCUUGUAAUGACUGUUCAAUUCACAGUGAUUAUCAUAAGUGAAUAAUGUGUCUGAUGCAAGUACUACUGUAUUCUUACUUUUAGCUAUGUAAAAAAAAAAAAAAAAGAUUAGUUAUGAUUUGAUUUUAACUUUGUGCCAUUGUUAAAGAAAAAUAACAGUAUGAAAAUUGUCCUAUUGAAAAAUAAUGGCAGUGGUGUUUAAUGAAUAUAAUUCCUCCCUGAGCCAGUAGAACUUGAAUCUACAGUAUGCAAGGAAAUUUUUUAUCCUAUGGUUUGAAUGACAGCAUUAAUUGUAAGUGAAUGUUGUAUGAAGUUAAACAACUUUUGCAUUUUAUAUAGAACAUCUAGCAUAGAUUUCACAGGUAGCAGCAGUUACUGUAAAUCACAUAUAGAAUCUCCAUUGAAAAUAAUAAACCCCUUUUUCACUA